GAGACAGAAAACAGACGAGGCGCACCAAGCGAGGUUUCCCAGUUACCACACUGACGCUUCUCAAGGCACCAGUCUUUCACCAGUCAACAUGGCUACCCGCACCAUCCCCGGCGUCGUGAAAUACGGCAGUUACAAGUACGACGACGGCACUCAGUACGUCGGCGACUGGAACGACAAGGGCCAAAAGCACGGCAUGGGUCACCUGGCACUCCCCGAUGGCACUCGAUACGACGGCGGGUUCGAGGGGGGGCUUUUCAACGGCCUGGGGGUCAUCCACUUCCCCGAUGGAGCUAGAUAUGAAGGGGAAUUCAUGCAAGGCUGGUUCCACGGCCACGGAAUCUUCUGGAGAAACGACAACAUGAGGUUCGAGGGAGAGUUCAGAGGAGGACGCAUCUGGGGCCUCGGCCUCGUGACUUACGCAGACGGGUCCAACGGCUUCCCGCGUAACGAGGGCUUCUUCCAAGACUGCCGUUUUAUGAGGAAGACCAAGUGUCCUCAAGUUAUCCAGAGGGCCCAGAAAGUGUCUCAUAUUGCCCGAGCUCAGAUGGACCAAUGAGACCUCAUCACUUCUCAUCGUUUCUUGUUCAAGAUGAAUUGUUCAUAGUUAAGACAGAUAAACGUAAGCUAGACAUUGACGUCAUCUAGCAUUUCUCGUUUAGACCUCAUCACUUCUCGUUUCUCGUUCAAGAUGAAUUGUUCAUAGUUAAGACAAAUAAACGUAAGCUAGACAUUGACUUCA